CCCCAUCUGCCCUUCAAGCUAACACCUAAUCUAGUUUUGAAUAUUCUUAAAACCAAACAUAAUGAUUAAUUCACUGCUGUGCCCCCACUUGUGAAUUGUGCAUAAGUGAUUAUUCUUGCGCAAAUUCCCCCUUCAAAGCAUACAGUGUCUGUGUCCAAGAAUGAACAACUCAAAGCAACAGAAGCAGCAGCAUCAGCUUCAACAAAGAGGAUGCAAGGCUUUGUGUUGCAGUUGCAGGUUCAGUGUUUCUUCCUCUGAGGAAGCAGAAAGCUCAUCAGCCUCUGACAGGUUCCCUUCUGUUUCAAGCCUUGCACAUGCCAUGGUGCAAGAGAGACUUGACCAAAUGAUUAGAGCUAGGCAUGUAGAGAGAAGAAGGCAGCAGAGCAGAGAAGGGACCAAGUUUGUUGUAAUGGUAGCAAUGGAGAAGAGCUCUUAUGAUCCAAGAGAGGAUUUUAGGGAGUCCAUGAUGGAGAUGAUUACUGCAAACCGCCUUCAAGACGCCAAAGAUCUUCGUAGUCUAUUGAACUAUUAUAUCUCAAUGAACUCUGAUGAGUACCAUAGUCUUAUCCUUGAGGUUUUUCAUGAGGUUUGUACUAGUUUGUUCUUAUCAUGUAAAUGUCAUAAUUGGUAAAAAAAAAACAUGUCACAUUGCCAAUUGAUUCAUGAACGAAGCAAGCUGAGCUGGGGAAUAGUUUAGUUUUGCUUUUACGUUCUGAUUCCAUAUGCAUUAUGUGGGGGCUUGCUAUUUCACAAACAAAACAAGAGAAUGUGGUCGUUAAUUUAAUGUACAAAAA